GUUUCCCUAUCAACGGUUCACAAUCACAACAGCAGCGGGCGCAGCAGAAGCAGGCGUCGACACCUUUAGAUGCCGCUUUUCGAUUCUAUUUCUUCUUCUGACCGGGGGUGCACCAAUCUCUUAUCGCGCUCGACGGCGACGGCACUAUUGCUAAAGUCGUCCCUUUCGCGCAUUAAUUUCACGAUAAAAACACCCUCUUCCGACACCGUGCAGUGGAAACGAAAAAGAGAGAGAAGAGAGAGAGAGCGAGAGGAGAGGGCACGCACAACCACCGACUGUAAACAAAGCGAAAGGGUUCAGCCGCUGUCAAGCCCGUCUCUUUUCACACACGGAAACGUCAAAUCGAUACAGCAUUACUCAUCACCGCAAUCGCUGCGUUUGUUUGGUGUGAGCUGCGGGGAUUGGCUGCUCUGUGCCCGUGUUUUGCGUUUUGUGACCACCAAAGAGACCCUCGAGGACACGAUGGCAGUCAACCUUCCGCCCGUUACGCCGCUGCUGAAGCCCAUCCAGCACUAUCUCAAGACGGCCCAGGAGCAUGAUACCCGCGAUCCGGUCGUAGCCUACUGGUGUCGUCUGUACGCGCUGCAGCUGGGCCUGAAAAUCCCCCACCAGACCAUGGACGAUCGAAAAGUGCUGGUGGCAAUAAUGGACUGGUUGGAGGCGACCAAGCGAGCGUCGGCGGACAACGAAUCCAUCACGAACGAUGUGGCCGCGCUGGCCUAUCUGGAGAACUACGCCUUAAAGUUGUUCCUGUACGCUGACAAGCAGGACCGGGCGGGCAACUUCGGCAAGAACGUCGUCAAAGCGUUCUACACCGCCGGCAUGAUCUACGACGCGUGCCAAACGUUUGGCGACCUGACGGAGGAGGUAACACAGAACCGGAAGUACGCCAAGUGGAAGGCUUCCUACAUUCACAACUGUCUCAAGAACGGCGAAACGCCCGUCCCGGGCCCUAUGCCUACGGAGGGGGAAGAGGAUGGCAAAGACUAUGACCAGGAUGCGGGAGGAGCCUUUCAACCGAACCCGGAACCCCAGCCCGGUCCGAGCAACACGCCUGCCGCACCGCCACACUUCCCGAGCGCAAUGCCCACACCACCGCCGGCAGGUCCCACCAACUUCACCACUACCGAUCCGUUCAGCAACGUAAAGGCGCCAACACCGCCCAGCGAGCCGGAGAAACCGCCCGGUGGCUUUCAACCCUACACGGGUGGACCGGUGGCAGACGCGGCUGGACUGCCGGUGGAAUCGAACCGAAUGGUCACGCCGGGCGGAGUGCAGCUGCGACCGGAUCAAAUCACCAAAGCGCAGAAGUACUGCCGAUGGGCGGAAAGUGCCCUCAACUACGAGGAUUUGAAAACUUCGAUCGAUAAUCUCCAGAAAGCGCUCCGUCUGCUGCAAACCGGACAGGAUGGGUAGGAUUGUGUAGGAGGGAGGAGGGGAGGGGAGGGGAGGUGCGUCCCCCAGCUGUCGAUCGUGCGUUGUUUUAUCGCUUUUAUCUAGUUGCUUAGGGUGUAUUAACCUGUAUACUCAGAGAAUUAUUCAACUUAUUGCCUAAUAAACAAAAAAAGAACAUAAAACGUA